UACAACAUAAGAGAAUCGUCCAAGAGGAUUACUUUGCUGUACCUUAACAGUUUUCCAACAAAAUUGUCGUUGUACAUCUUCUUUUGGAGGCCCUGCUCCUGUUUAGAACUGUUUUCUCCAAAGGAAAGUAGCACCUGAUCUCUGCAGGAGGAAGCAGGACUAAAGGAAGAAGAUGGCCAUCCACGCUGAAGGUCUGGUGGCCAUCGUGAUCUUCUACCUCCUGAUCCUGACUGUGGGGAUCUGGGCCGCCUGGAAGAACAAGAACUCCGGGGUGACAGAGGGAGGAGACCGGAGUGAGAGCAUCAUGGUCGGUGGAAGAGACAUCGGACUGUUCGUUGGUGGAUUCACAAUGACCGCCACUUGGGUGGGUGGGGGAUACAUCAAUGGGACAGCAGAGUAUGUCUACCUGCCAGACUUCGGCCUGGCCUGGGCACAGGCACCCUUUGGUUACGCUCUCAGCCUGGUAGUAGGUGGCCUUUUCUUUGCCAAGCCCAUGCGUUCCCGUGGAUACGUCACCAUGCUGGAUCCCUUCCAGCAGCUGUAUGGAAAAAGGAUGGGCGGCCUGCUCUUCAUCCCCGCACUCAUGGGGGAAAUCUUCUGGUCUGCAGCCAUUUUAUCUGCCCUGGGUGCCACUCUGAGUGUGAUCGUGGACAUAAACAUCAACAUGUCGGUGGUGAUCUCCGCCCUCAUAGCUAUCUUCUACACACUCGUUGGAGGACUCUACUCUGUUGCAUACACAGAUGUGGUCCAGCUCUUCUGCAUCUUUUUGGGCUUGUGGAUCAGCGUACCUUUUGCCCUGUCCAAUCCUGCCGUGGCGGACAUCAGUAUUACAGCCAAGGAAGAAAUCUACCAAUCACCCUGGCUGGGGAGGAUUGAGCCUGAAGACAAAUGGCUCUGGGCGGACAACUUCUGUUUGUUGAUCUUGGGUGGAAUUCCCUGGCAGGUCUAUUUUCAACGGGUUCUUUCUGCCUCUUCAGCUACCUACGCCCAGGUCCUCUCCUUCCUCGCCGCCUUCGGCUGUUUGGUCAUGGCCAUCCCUUCUGUCCUCAUAGGAGCUAUAGGGGCCUCCACUGACUGGAAUCAGACUACUUAUGGGUCGCUUCCUCCGAAGGACAGGGAUCAAUCAGACAUGAUCCUUCCCAUAGUGCUUCAGCACCUCUGCCCGUCCUACGUCUCCUUCUUUGGUCUGGGGGCGGUGUCGGCUGCCGUCAUGUCAUCAGCAGACUCAUCCAUUCUCUCGGCCAGCUCCAUGUUUGCCAGGAACAUCUAUCAGCUCGCCUUUCGGCAGUCGGCCUCUGAUAAUGAGAUUGUUUGGGUGAUGCGCUGCACUAUCUUUGUAUUCGGGGCUCUCGCCACUGCUAUGGCGUUGUUAACAGGAUCCGUGUAUGGCCUGUGGUACCUGAGCUCCGACUUGGUCUACGUCAUCAUCUUUCCCCAACUUCUCAGUGUGUUAUUCGUCAAGGGCACCAACACCUAUGGCUCUGUGGCUGCCUAUAUCUUUGGGCUUUUGCUGCGCAUUGGUGGAGGGGAGCCCUACCUCAAACUCCCUCCCUUCAUCUACUACCCCGGCUGGGUGCACCAGGAGAGGAUCCACCACGUCACUGGGGAUGUAGAGCACUUUAUCCAGCAGAGGUUCCCAUUCAAGACUGUGUCCAUGCUGGCGUCCUUCUUGGCAAACGUGGGCUUUUCUUACCUGACAAAGUACCUAUUUGAAAGCGGUACGUGGUCACACAAGUACGACUUCCUGGACGCCGUGGUGUCCAAGCAUAGCAAGGAGAUCAUGGACAAGGCCACGCUGGUGAGCAAUCAAGAUAACAUCAUUCUGUCAGAGAUGGCGCCCGUCAAGCAGGCCCUGGGCGGGUCACUCGCUGGGACAUUCAUCAACACUGAGGUCCUCAGUGACGAUGAGGCGUCCAGUCCAGAGGCUUUUCACAAUGACAACUAGGCAACAAAGGCACAAAGGAAUUUGAAGAAGAAGGAGUAAUCUAAGAGGCAUCGACAUUCUUCAGGAAACUUGCAACUGCCGCACUCGAAGCCAAACCAACAGAAAUCUGCUGUGGCUUCCGAGUGACUCCACAAGUUUGUUUUAUGCUGAUUACAUGGUGCCUCCUUCUUUGUUAAGAUCCCUUGCCUAGAACCAGGAAGUUGACUCUCAAUCAGCUGUGUCAAGCAUACAAUAGUCAUUCUUUUUUUUUAAUCAUGACUGUGAAUCUACAACCAUUUUAAUUUAAGUGCUGCAACAGUGAUUGGAGGGACUUUCUGGGGAAAACAAAAAGUGACUUCAGUGGACGUCACUGUCUACAAGGGUUUGCUGUGGGUAAUGAGAAUAGUGCAAUAUCUAACUGUGUCCACGUCUACAUAGCAGUGUGUGUGUGCGUGCGUGUGUGUUUGUUGAUGUACAUGCACAUGAGUAUACCUGACAACAAAGCAGUGAAUGCUCCGGAAACAUUUCAGACCUUGAGUUUUAAGUUUGCGUAGAGUAUCUUUAUUAAUAGAGCAAUAAUAUUUGUAGUUGUAUAGAUAGAUGCAUUGUACUGAGUUUGCAAGUUACCAUCAUUAUUUUUUUAACUUGAAGAUCAAAAGAUAUUUCUCAUUUUUCAUGUUUCAUGUUCACCUUGCUCUUAAUCCUCCUGUCAUACUUGUUAAUUCCAGACACAGUAAGUGUUGAGUUAAGAACCACAUGCCGCCAUGAUAUUACCAAACCCUUGACUCGCCAAACAGAAGGUUGAUAUUGGAUGAUUCUGCAGAUUACCUUCAGUCAUAACGAUUUUUAACAUUCACUGGCAACUUAUGUGAAAUUAAUAGGUCAAUACAAUAUCCUCAUGUUGCAACUAUAAUCGAGAUCCACCUGAUGAAUGUAAGUCUAAUAUUCACUCUCCUUUUAUAUCUGUUUUGGUCUCCACCAACUCCUGAGGUAAAGAUCUGUCUUUUUGGCUGCUAAAUACUCCACUAUGUUCACCAGCUAGUCGCCAUCUAUGGCAGGUAGUGGACAGUGGGUUUAUCAGAGAGUUUUGCUGUAAACAGCUUGAACACCUUGAACUCAACACUUUUGGCUCUGAACAUGGACAUAAAACAUGUACUGCAGAAUCAUCAUGUAUGAAUGUAAUUCCAUAAGCUCAGCGUUCGUAACACACCACCCUGAUGUCUACACAGAUUCAAAUAUCCAAUAUAAACCAAGCAGCCAUUGGCUUCCAUUCAUUCCCAUACGUUGUGAAAAUCAAUUUGCAAUCUUUCUCUUUGUCAAACUUACGAUUGUGUCGUACAUCUUUGAAUUUAUGUGCAUUUACAACUACAUUACCACAUAAUGAUAACAGUGACAACAAUUAAA